AUGGCUCCGUCUAUUGAGUCGUCCCUGGAUACGCAGGGCCUGGCAAACGAACAGCGAGGCCUGCUCGACUUCAUCGACAAGCUGCAGUAUGCACAGCUCGACAAUGUCAAACUGCCGCAGAUUGUCGUCGUAGGCGACCAGUCAGCGGGAAAGAGUUCCGUCUUGGAAGCCAUUUCCGGUACUCCAUUCCCUAGAGACGCAGGUGCUUGUACACGAUUUGCUACCGAAAUUCGGCUUCGUCGCGCCAAGGAGACAACUCUCAGGGUCACCAUCAUUCCUGACAAGAGCCGUCCGAUCAAUGAGCAAACUGCGCUCUCACAAUUUGGAGGUCGUGUCAGUGGUGAUACGCCCUUUGAGACGAUGAUGAGGGAAGCUACUGCUCUGAUUGCACCGAAAGAAAUUCCCGGUCGCUUCGCUGCUCGAGAUAUCCUUGUUGUUGAGAAGAGCGGUCCUGAAAUGCCGCUGUUGACUCUUGUCGACUUGCCUGGUCUUGUGCGAGUCGCCAACAGGGACCAGUCCGAUGCGGAUAUCCAGACCAUCGAGGCUCUCUCCGAUCGAUACAUGAAGAGUUCCCGCACUAUUAUUCUCGCCGUCAUCGGCGGCAACAACGACUAUGUCCAGGCACCCAUUCUCAAGAAAGCGAGGCAAUUCGAUCCCAAAGGCUCGCGAACCAUCGGUGUACUAACCAAGCCUGACAUGACGGAGCGAAUCGGCCUCGAAGAUAAAUUCAUCGAACUUGUCAUGAAUAAGGAUCGUGAGAACCACUUCAAACUCGGGUGGUAUGUCCUUCUCAACCCCGGCCCCGGAGAGCAGUGGUUCAGUCCCGAGGAUCGUGCUCGCAGAGAAGCAGAGUUCUUCACCAGAGGCCGCUGGUCUGCAUUGCCUCCUCAGAUGUGGGGAGUCGCCGCUCUACGACAGAAAUUGAGCACCCAACUGCAGAGACACAUCGGAAAGCACGUCAAAUCUCUCCGAAAACAGAUCCAAGAUGCCCUCGAGCGAUGCGACACUGAGCUCAAGGCCAUGGGCAACGCCAAGGACACCAUUGAGGAGAUGCGUUUCGAAAUGGGCGAGCUCUUCACCGCUUCCAACAACCUCGUCACACCAGCCGUCAACGGCAACUACAAGAAUCCCUUUGGCGAGAAGUUCUUCGCCCGCCAGUCUCACCCCAAGGGUACACCGGCACACAAACUUCGCGCUCGUGCCCGUGAGGAGAGUGAGCGUUUCUCACGACUGUUUCGCCAACAGGGCAGACAUCUUAACUUUGCGGACACUGCUGCCGGUACUGCUGCAUCUGUUAACGGACAGGGCCAGCCUGCCUCUGCUACAGGUGGUGGUAUUUCCAAGAAGGACUUUGCUCAAAUGGAGGUUGAACCACUGCUGCGGCAGAUUCGCGGAAACGAACUCCCGCUCGACUCUAACCCACGAGCACCGUACAUUCUCUUCCAGGAUUACUCUCGAAAGUGGCCGGUCUUGGCACAAGAGUACAAAGACAACCUUGGUGUCAUUUGCAACGAGUUUCUCGCAGAGGUCAUUGACCACGUGUGGCCGGUCCGCAUGCGCGAUCCCCUCCGUUACCACUUCUUAGAAGUCAAGAUGACGCAUCUCAUGGAGGAAGCGGAGAAGGAACUCAACCGACUUACCGACGACAUGGAGCUCGAAGUACAGCCCUAUGAUCCCGAGUAUGAAGACCGACUACGAAGGUGGCGUGCGGAAGCUACUGAAAAUGGGGGCACAUACACCGAAGCAGAGGAGGUGCUCGAGAAGAUGCUCAUCUACUAUGAUCUGACGGCAAGGAUCUUCACACGAAAUGUGAUUACGCAAGUCGUAGAGAGGCAUUUACUCCUCGGCAUGCUGCGUCUCUUCAACCCCAUUGAGAUUCUGCGCAUGCCCGACUCAACGAUUGAGAGCAUUGCUGCUGAGAAUAAGGAGACGCGGGAGCGCAGAAUCAAGCUCAAGGCUCAAAAGAAGGAUAUUGAGGAGGCUAGAAGCAUGUGUGCUGGUUUAGCUAUGAGGAGUGACUUGAGAUCAUACGACGAGGACACAGAGGACGUCGGGUCCGAUGACGACGAGCAGAUAAGGAGGCAGGUUUCUCGACGCGUGUCUCAUCAACAUCAGCAGCGGCAGUCGCAGGAAUCCCGUCGUGCAGUUCAAGAGGAGCGUGCGAGGCCAAGUAUAAACACUGAUGUGCGGCCGCGGGCAUCUGCUCCCCAGGAAUCACAUCAGAAUGUCAGCGGGACGUUUGGCCACCAACCCGGACAGGGUUAUCACCAGCCGACGCAGGGCUAUCCUCAGUACUACAGUAAUCCGAGGGAUAUGAUGACUGGUGGUUCUCGGGAGUAUGCGCCUGAUCGUGCGCCGCCACCGCCUCCUCGUAAGGUAGCUGCGUAG